AUGUCCAGACCUGAAGAGAUCGCCCCACCUGAGGUAUUUUAUAAUGAUACUGAAUCAUAUAAGUACACGUCUUCCUCUCGUGUACAGCACAUUCAAGCUAAGAUGACUCUAAGGGCCCUUGAGCUUCUAAAUCUCGAUCCACAAAGACCACACUUCAUCCUAGAUCUAGGAUGUGGGUCUGGGCUUUCAGGUGAGAUUCUUACAGAGGAAGGUUACAACUGGAUUGGCAUGGAUAUAUCGCCUAGUAUGUUGGCUUCUGCUCUAGAUAGGGAUGUUGAGGGCGACCUUUUUUUGGCUGACCUAGGGAAUGGAAUUCCAUUUAGGGCAGAAACUUUUGACGCUGUAAUUUCUAUUUCAGUCAUUCAAUGGUUAUGUAAUGCUGAUACAGCCGGCGUUGACCCAAAAAAGAGACUUUUACGAUUUUUCAAUACGUUAUUUGCAUCGAUGGUGAGAGGAGGGAAGUUCGUUGCGCAAUUCUACCCUAUGAACGACACCCAGACACAGAACAUCCUUGAAGCUGCUAAAGUCGCAGGUUUUGCCGGAGGGUUGGUUAUUGAUGAUCCAGAGUCCAAGAGAAACAAAAAGUUUUACCUUGUUCUUUCUGCCGGUCAGUCCGAAAGAGCAUUGAACUUAGCAGGAGCCCAAAUGGAAGCCGACGACAAGACCAAGAAGCUCAGCAGCAAGAUGAAGAAGAGUCUAGAGUCUAGAAAAGAAUACAUCAAUAGGAAGAAGGAAUUAAUGAGAAGAAGAGGACGUACCGUUGCGCAUGACUCGAAAUUCACGGCGAGAAAGAGACGUCCUCGGUUCUGA